AUGGAAUCGACAACCAAAAGAGAGGCUGUCUCGGACGCCGUGCCGUCUGCCAAAUUCUUACAAGCCCGCAUCACUACCCUCUCAACCACGCUGAUCAAGAGGCUUGAGAACAUCCUCGCCGUGGCCCUCGACGAUACAGCUGGGCAACCUGCCGCAGGUACGGGCAAUCCUCCGGCCCCGCCAUCACUGAUAGACACGGCCGUGCAACAAUUUCAACUCGACGUCGAGUCGACAGCCAUUGUCCGCGCCGCAGAGGAGAUCAUGAUGCUCACGCGGACAAUGAAGGAGAUCUGGCUCUUUGGCGGACUGGACACUCUGGCUGGGGACCACGAUGGCCGGGAUCCCAAUGGGCAGGACGAGGCGGCAAGGAGAAAGAUGGAGGACGACGUCAAGGUGGUGGAAGCAGGAUUCAAGAAGUUUCUGGAGAAGUACGAGACGACGCUCGAUCUAAGCGACAGCAAAGACUAA